CGAUCACCAAUGUAUACAUUUAGAGAAGAACGAAAUAGCUCUGGUGACUGGAGUGUAUUGGAAGUACAUGGACACAGGUGUCAUUCAUUAAGUUACGCAAUCUGAAGUCAGACAGAUGUUGACAAAAGCUGUUAGGUAAAAUGUUGGGUCCCGAAAUAGGACGUUAAAUUGUGUGCUUCUCUGCAUCGGUAGGCACAGAGCUGGUCACGUAUGGAAGUGCAGUGCGAGUUUGUCGCGGUAUGGAUUGGAUGAGCGUAGCCCCUGCACAGACAAAUAUCGCACUAGUGUGACCGAAGAUAUAGACAGGCAUUAUGUGUGAACCUACUACUGAAGAAGAUUGAAGUUAUGUAUACGUAAUUGAUUUUCCAAGUUAACGAUAUCUACAGAAUAUAUAUCGUAAGUACAAACGUUGAAGAUAACAGUGAUCAACCCCAAAUCCUACAAGGAAUACAAAUUGAUAAUAGGGCAAACACGGACGAGAAAUGGGAUAAAAUACAUAGAAAGACCGGUCACAACCGUCGUCAGCAAGACAGAAAACAAUCUGAAAAACACACCAUUGAGACUGAAGUCCAACUUUAUCUUUCAUACGUUUAUGAUAUAAUCAACGAAAUAAAGUGCAUAAAACUCAUUGAUAACAGCAGCGACCCACAGUGUAACGAAUCAAACGAACUGACUUAAAACUAAAGGGAAUACUGAUAUCAUCGUUUGAAAAAGACAUAACAGUACAGAUACGCCAUGGGUGUAUUGGACAUCUUUUCAUCAGGAAAUAUGGACACAUGCUGGUUCCUAACAAUAACUGCAAUAGUCAUUGUGGUCACAAAAGCGCUGCUAUCCAGGUCCAAGUCCGUUCCCGGACCAUGGGGAUUCCCAAUAAUCGGUCAUUUGCCUCUUCUUGGAAAAAAUCCUUUAAAACAGUUCGAACAUUACAGAGCUAUAUAUGGCGAUGUAUAUAAAAUUCAACUUGGAGUUUGGCCUACAGUGAUCAUUAAUGGUCAUCAUACUGUAAGAAAAGUCUUGGGUGAACAAUCAGAUAGUUUCGCUGCAAGACCUGCAUUUAAUUCCUUUAAAUCCAUUGAAAACAUGACCACACUAACAUUCAGUUAUUUUAACCCGAGGUAUCUUCUGCAUAGAAAGAUAGCAAGCAGUGUCGUUAGAGAAUAUGCAACAAAACAUAGCAAGAAGAUGGAGGAAAUCCUUCAGGAUGAGGUUGAUGUAAUUGUUAAUGAGUUUAUCAGACAAAAUGGGAAGCCUUUUGAUCCUCAUAAAACCGUAUUAGAGGCAACUGGGAGCUUUAUAUACCAAUUUUGCUAUGGUAAAGGUGAAAAUGUGAGAGAUGAUGAUGAUUUCCUAAAAUAUAUAAAAGAUUUCAACGAUUUUGAAGAAAUUGCAAAGGCGGGUAACCCAACAGAUCUUCUUCCAUGGAUGGGAUUUUUAUUCCAGAAAAAAAUUCAAAAAUUUAACAAAUUGAUCAAAGAUGCCACAAAAUCUCGUAAAAAGAAAAUUGGAGAACUGUUGGAAACUUUUGACCUGAAACAUAUUCGUCAUGCUGUAGAUCUACUAAUGUCAAAGAUUAUAAAGUAUGAAUUAGGGGAUGAGCCUAAUGAAAUUGGAUUAACGAAAAAUGAUGUGUUAGGCGUGGUUGGAGAUUACUCGGGCGCAGGAUUUGACACUUCAGCGAAAGCCUUCCUUUGGCUUCUUCUUUAUAUGGCGGAAUACCCAGAAGUUCAAACCAAAAUCCAGGAAGAAAUAGAAGAGAAAAUAGGAAAUCGAAGAGUAACAGCAAACGACCGAGAGCAGAUGCCAUGGACGGAGGCAACGAUUAUUGAAUCAAUGCGUCUGGCAGGAGUCUCUCCAUUAGGUCUUCCUCACUGUGCAACAGAGGACGUCUUCGUAAACGGAUACAUGAUUAAGAAAGGCACUGUUGUUUUAUUCAAUUAUUACUCUGUUGGUCACGACAAACAGUGGGAUGAUACGUUUAAAUUCAAACCAGAACGAUUUCUGGACUCGGAGGGAAAGUUGAAUAAAAGCAAAAUUGAGAGUGUGCUGUCCUUCAGCGCUGGAAGAAGACGGUGUCCUGGCGAAGUAUUAGCUCGUAACGAACUCUUUUUGCUGCUUGCCUCUGUUCUUCAUAAAUGCCAAAUUAGAAAACCGCAACAAGAGGAAUACGACUUAGAAGGAGUCUUUGGAGCUACUUACUCUCCUAAGCCGUACAAUAUUUGCGUACUUUCCAGAGAAUUUUAAGCAUACCUGAUAUUGCGACAGAAUCCAAACUAAUACAGCAUAGUGCCAUAAAUGAGUCAACCGUUAUUUGUUUUACUAUAUGAUUAAUUGAAAACAACAAAUUUUCUAAAUCAUUUUCAUCAACUUAUCAAUAAUCAAUUUAGAGUAGCUUUUACACCAUUAACAGCACAAAUAUAAGUAGUGUACGGUCUCGGUGUUUUUCAUAUCCUAAGGAGCCAUACACAUAUUACAUUACUCCAGGAAUACUGUAUUCUAUGUUUCGUUCUUCUCUUUCUUAGAAUUAUAUCAGGAAAUGGAAUGGUAAAAGUUGAUGUUAACGCUAUCUAUUUUGUAUUGCUUGUAGGAGUUAUGAGAUUGAUCACUGUUCGUUAUCUUCACCUUGCAUUAGUCAUAUUUCUACAACUGUUGGUAAAAGUUUUUUUUAAAAUCAUGAAUGGGGUUUAUGUCCAGAUAUCCUAUAAUAAAUGUUUUAUAGUUCUAGCAAACAUUAUCUCACAAUGAUUGCUCAAACAAAGGCUAUUUAUCAAUUAGAUAUAUAGCGUACAACGUAAAAGUUGACUCGUUUAUGACACUACACUAUAUAGAGAAAGAAACUUAACACUCUCGAUAGAUCUUAUCUUUAAUUUUAUCAAUACCUGUAUAUACAGCUACUUUCUUGAAUGGGUGUAUGUUUUCAAAAUAAAUGUCAGUGUCAGUAAAGUUCAA